GGGGCUAGAAGUCCUCACAAACCCGGGACACUGGAAGACGGGAGUGCAGCCACUGCCUUUGGGACACUGAAACUCGUCCCGUACCUUCCUCCGCAGUCCCGUGCGGUGGGCCGGCCCGGCUUGCUGUCUGCAUUCAGCGGACCGGAGAACGAGUUCCGGGCGGGGAGAAGCCCUGCCCACCGGCUGCGGUGGGAACCGGUCCCGCGAGGGUCCGACAGGACUUGCCAGGCAUUUCCCUCAGACCGCGCUUUGCCUCCGAGAGGCCGCGCCGGGACUCCCUCAUCGCCUCUCGGGUUCUCGGUCCCGCCCCACACCUCUGGGUAGGAACCGGACAGCGAGAGAGUGUGAGAGGGCAACACAACGGUCCUGGGGACCCUCCGAAGUCCGCAGGGGAGGAAGCAGCGACAGCUAGCUGCACGCGGCCGAGGCGCGAGGGCUUGGGGAGGUCGGCCCGUGGAAUGGGCGUGUCCUGGCGCGUGCGGGAGGAGGUGCGAGGGGCAAGGGGCAGUCCCACCCGCGAAGCCCUGGAACGCUGAUUGGCUGCGCGCCGUGGAGGCGCGAGGAGGAGGCGUGUCCUCAUGUGAGCCCUGCAGGGGCCCAAGGUGAGGGUGUAGAGGGGAGAGCGCUUGCGCGAACCUGGUUGUAGGCCCCUCCUUCUCUUCUUUCUAGGGGCAAAGGGUAGGCGGUUUUAGUCUGGACUUAGGCACUUGCAGACUCCGGCCAUGGAGGGGUCUGAAUGGGAGUCGCUGGAGCAGUGCUUGGAGAAGCACCUGCCACCCGCAGACUUGAGGGAGGUGAAACGCAUUCUCUAUGGCAAGGAAACCAGGAAGCUCCAUCUGCCCGGCAGGGCUUUUGAAGCUGCCUCUGAAGGGGACUUUGAGCUGCAAGGAUAUGCCUUUGAGGCAGCAAAGGAGCAACUGAGGCCACCUCGGACCAUGCGUGUGGGACUUGUUCAGAACAGAACUCCCCUGCCUGCCGAUGCCCCUGUGGCAAAACAGGUCACUGCCCUUCACAGACGCAUAGAAGCCAUUGCAGAGGUGGCUGCAAUGUGUGGAGUGAACAUCAUCUGUUUCCAGGAAGCAUGGACUAUGCCCUUUGCUUUCUGUACGAGAGAGAAGCUCCCUUGGACGGAAUUUGCUGAGUCAGCAGAGGAUGGACCCACCACCAGAUUCUGUCAGAAGCUGGCAAAGAAGCAUGACAUGGUGGUGGUAUCCCCCAUCCUGGAACGAGACAGAGAGCAUGGGGACAUUUUGUGGAACACAGCUGUGGUGAUCUCCAAUUCUGGAGCUGUCCUGGGAAAGACCAGGAAAAACCACAUCCCCAGAGUGGGUGACUUCAAUGAGUCAACUUACUACAUGGAGGGAAACCUCGGACACCCCGUGUUCCAGACUCAGUUCGGGAGGAUUGCGGUGAACAUUUGCUACGGGCGGCACCACCCUCUCAACUGGCUCAUGUACAGCAUCAACGGGGCUGAGAUCAUCUUCAACCCCUCAGCCACCAUCGGAGCACUCAGGUCUCUCAGCUUGCAGGAUCUGGGAGGUGAGUCCCUGUGGCCAAUCGAGGCCAGAAACGCAGCCAUUGCAAAUCACUGCUUCACCUGUGCUAUCAACCGUGUGGGCCAGGAGCACUUCCCGAAUGAAUUUACCUCUGGAGAUGGGAAGAAAGCUCACCAGGACUUCGGCUACUUUUAUGGCUCGAGCUACGUGGCAGGCCCGGACAGCAGCCGCACCCCUGGUCUCUCCCGCAAUCGGGACGGGCUGCUGGUUGCCGAGCUUGACCUGAACCUCUGCCGGCAGGUGAAUGACAUCUGGAACUUCAAGAUGACGGGCAGAUAUGAGAUGUACGCUCGGGAACUUGCCGAAGCCAUCAAACCCAACUACAGCCCCAAUAUUGUGAAAGAGUAGCUGGAUGUCAGUCCCUGCCUACCAAGGAGGGGACUUCUGCCCCUAACAGCUCAUCAAGUACAGCAGGCUUUUACACUUUCAAGUUCUCCCUCAUGAUGCCCUGAUAACAUUGCUGUACAGAUUGGUUUUAAAAUGCCCAGGCAGGGAGGGUAGAUUGAAGAGUGACUGCUUAAUGAAUAUGAGGUUUCCUUCCUGGGUGAUGAAAUGUUUUGGGGCUACACAGAGGUGAUGGUUAUACCUCUAAUGUACUAAAUGUACUAAAUGUACAUGAAUGUACUAAAUGCCAUUGAAUUGUAUACUUUAAAAUGGCUAAUUCUGUGUUAUAUGAAUUUUACAUAAUUUUUAAAAAUUCCACGCACUGCUUGUGCAGGUUGACUUGCAUUUAAACACAUGGGAUGCCCCAGUCCUAAGGUUCCUCACCUCCUCUGUUUAGACUGUCAGCAACCUGAGGGUAAGGGUGGGAGUGUAUGUCCAAGGGAAAAGCUGAGGCUGAUCCAGAGUCCUUGAAUUACCGGGUGGUUGUGGGCAGGGGAGACGGUCAUUAGAUGUGUCCACUUGGCCAGGCUGCAGUCUCCAGAUAUUCAAUCAGACGCUAAUCUGGGUGUUGCUGUGAAGGUAUUUUGUCGACGUCAUUAAAGUCUGUGACCAGUUAACUACGCAAGUGAGAUUAUCCUAGAUAAUCCUGAUAGGCCUGAUUCAGUCAGUCAAAAGGCCUUCAGAGGAGAGCUGAGGCUUCCCCAGUGAAAAAGAAAUUCUGCCUGUGGACAGCAGCUUCCUUCCCAGGCCUGUUUGAGUUCCAGUUUGUCCUUCCUGGUGGCCUGCCCUACAGAUUUCAGACUUGUCUGUCCAGCCCCCACAAUCACUUAAGUCAAUGCCUUGCAAUAAAUCUCU